UCUCGUCUUCUUUUAUUACAUGACCUGUCCUCCAAGAAAUUGAAUGUACCAGAUUUCCAGAAUCAGAUGCUUCGUGCUAUAGUGCUGGACUGCUGGUGGGGGACUCUGGAAUCCAAUUCGCCAUUUCCCCAGCAAUUCAAACAUACUUCAAUUCAUCAAAAACCCUCGAAUUUUGAUCCUCUAAAAUAAAAAUUAACUACAAUGUCAACAUUCAGUCGAUUAUUAACAAGAAGAGUUUGGCGCAGUGCAAUUACUUCGUCUAAAACCAUAAACCCCACAUUUUUCUCUCAAUCUCAACCUCAAUCCCUUCAUGUUCGUCUUUAUCAUGUAUAUGGAACCCAGCAGCCAAUAUCCAAUGCGUUUAAAGGCCGUAUUCCAUUUUUUAGUUUCGAGCCUAUGGGGUCACUUUGCAUUCCGCUUGUGCUAGCUGGUGUUGUGGGUGUUGGAACUCUAGACGUGGCUUAUGCAGAUAGCAAUGAGGUGUCUGCCGAUCCUCCCUUGCCAUCUGAUAUCCCUUCAAGUUAUGAUGACCUGGAAGAUAUAGCAAAAAAGGAACGGGUUAGGUUGGAGGAUCUAUUAAGAAGCAAAGGCAUGAAGUAUGGUUCUUAUCCGCGAUUCACUGUUGCUGUAAAGGGCCAAAAGCAAUGCCAUUUUGUUGGGGGUGUAGGGAGCGGACAACUCAUGGAUAAUCUCAUUUUCUCACAAAGUUCCUUUAGAAAGGUUGCUAUCAAGUUCCAAGUACCCGCUUACUGUGAAAUCCCUAGACUGAUAGCAAACCUUGCUUCAAACCUCAAUGGGGGUUCGCCUAUGGAAGUUCAAUCCUGGGACAGCACAGUUGCUUGGCAGCUUGCACUUAGCCUCCCAAAUGGAAAGAGAGAAAGUGGAGGGAGUAAUGUUGCCACAGGAGAAACUUUAUCAAAAGACAGUGAUCUCUGUGUUCUUAUAUUUCGGUCAUUGAUAAGUCCUGAUAAACCGGAGGUUGAGUUCCUGAAGAAAGGAAGCUUUAGUCUUGCUGAGCUUGAGGCUUUAAUCUCCAUCAUGCAAAUAGCUGGUGAAAGGCCAGGGCAGAGUAAAGCCACAGAAAGUAGUCCUGCUGGAACGCCAUCGACAAGUAAAUCAAUUACUAGUUUAGAAGCCAUGGGCGUACGUGUAUUCGGGCUUGAUAAGCCACUUACUGGUGAUGCUACUGAAGAGGUAUCAUGGGAUACCAUUGCGGGCUAUGAUCAGCAAAAGAGGGAAAUAGAGGAUACUGUCCUGUUGGCUCUGCGUAGUCCUGAAGUUUAUGAUGAUAUUGCCCGUGGAACUCGGCGAAAUUAUGAGUCGAAUAGACCCCGAGCUGUGCUUUUUGAAGGCCCUCCAGGUACCGGGAAAACAUCAUGUGCUCGUGUUAUUGCUAAUCAGGCGGGGGUUCCAUUACUGUAUGUGCCGCUGGAAGUUGUCAUGUCUAAGUAUUAUGGUGAAAGUGAACGUCUCUUUGGAAAAGUUUUUUCACUUGCCAAUGAGCUUCCUGAUGGCGCUAUCAUAUUUUUGGACGAGGUUGAUUCUUUUGCUAUUGCCCGUGAUAGUGACAUACAUGAAGCUACUCGAAGAAUGUUGUCGGUGUUACUGAGGCAGAUUGAUGGCUUUGAACAAGAUAAGAAAGUGGUGGUGAUUGCUGCAACAAACAGAAAGCAGGAUAUUGACCCUGCUCUUAUUAGCCGAUUCGAUUCGUUGAUUUUCUUUGGUCUACCUGAUCAGCAGAAUCGACAGAAAAUAGCAGCUCAGUAUGCAAAGCACCUAACCAAUUCUGAACUUGAGGAGUUUGCUUUGGUCACUGAAGGUUUGUCUGGACGGGAUAUCAGAGAUGUGUGUCAACAUGCAGAGCGUCGCUGGGCUUCUAGGGUUAUUCGGAACAAAGCAAUCAAGGAUUCUACUACAGAUGCAAAAGCAGGAUCCCUUCCCCCUUUACAAGAAUACGUGGAAAGCGCAAUUGCUCGAAGAAAAAUCCUUGUUGAGAUUGAAGAACUAAGGAAUCAAAAGCAGAGUCAUCGCCUCGAUAAACGGCCUUUGGUGAUGGGUUGACAACAUUGAUCUAGGAAGUGUAGAUGAGAUUCAGUGGUAGGUUAUUGGUACCACUCUCGCAUACAUGUUAAAUACAAGUAUGAUUUUUGUACGGAGUAUUUAGUUUUUAACGUAUGAUGUAUAACAAUACUCUUGUUGAUGAAUGAUACUCCAAAGAUGUACUCCCAUACCUAAAUGUGUAGCACAAACACAAUGUAAUACUAUGAUUUUUAGUUAGUGUAUACAAACACAAGUACCGGUUUUGACGCAAAA